UAUAAGAAUAAGACGAACGUUGCUGAUAAGAAAAAGAGCGCUACGAUUGAACGAUUCUCGGCCGCUUGGAAAAUCAUCUGUCCUGACUCGUCGUGACUACAUCAUGCGGACGCCGAUUAAUAUCGAUUAUGGAAUUCAUAAUCAUCAUCUCGGCUUUCUCCAUCCAAAUAAAUAGGCUACCGGAUACAGGUCUUGAUAAGACUAAAAAACGGGAUACUACUGGAUUCAAAAUUGAAUUUUCUUUCAUUGCUUUUUACACCAAGCUAUUACAGAUUUCACAUAAGUUGGUAAGUUUCCUUGUCCCAAUUAUUGCACAAAGCCGGACCUUUAGGGAGGGUCGCACUGAUCUCUAGAGGAAGUAACUCUCCACCGUUCCACGCAGCAUAGUGUUCUUGUUUCUUAGAUGCUUGUCUUCGUCCCAAAGCAGCUUCCUGCUCUCUCUCUUUCUCAAAGGCAAAAUCCGUCUGGAUAGUUUCAUUUUCAUAGGACACUCCCGCUUUCUCCGUUCAUGUAAAACCAGGUUAACUAGUUACUUUUUUGUCCCUUGAAAUCUUAUAAAAGGCACUAAAAAUCUUUUUCUUUUCAUCAUUUACUGGCCGACCUUCAUCCGCAUCAUGGAUCCUCAUCGUGUAAUCAGCACGCUGAUUUUCUUGGCCGUCUGCUGCACAUUUUCGUUAUCGGACGAUUCGCAAGAUCAAGCAUUCAAAGCUUUGGCCGACCUCUCUGCAGUCGGCAGUCGUCGAAGUUACGGGGCUGGACCUUCUUCUUCUUACGCGUCGUACGGAAACCAAUACCAAUCCGUUCCAGUCCCAGUUCCCAUCAGCCCAGUCACGUCUUACGGCUAUGGACAACCUCAAGUGAUCCUUCCAAAGGCUCCUAAAGCCAAAGGAUGGAUGAAAAGCAUUUUCAAGUCGUCAAACAAGGGCGCCACAUCAGCUUAUCCUUCUUACGUCAUACCAUCAUACGGAUCAUCUUAUACUUCUCAAUAUAAUGGCAAAUCACCGUACGCAGAGCGAUACGGUGACUACCCAACUGGCUACAAUAACGGUUACUCCGGGUCUUACGGGUCUUCUUACGCUCCAGCCUAUGGAUCCGGGUCAUACGGGUCUUCUUUCGUCCCAGCAUUUGGAUCAUCUUACAACAACAGAGGCCCAUUGAUUCCUCCCUAUCAACCAAACUUUGGUGGUAUAGGAGGUUUCGGUCUGGAUUUCCCACUGCAACCGCCACUAGUCGGCUCAUCGCUCUAUGGAUCGCCGGCGUAUGGAUCGUUUUACGGCCUCAAUUAUGCCGGAGUCGGUGGGAAUAUAAUCGGAGGAAAUAUAGCCGGAGGAUCUUUCGGGUACGGCGGAUACCAGCAGCAGCAGUCUUAUACACCCACUUUGUUUGGCGCAUUCGAUAAUUAUCGAGGUCCGAUUUACAACGGUGGAUUUAGACCAACGCUGGGGCCGUACGGCGGAAAACCGUUUAGCGAUCUGCUUUCGGUGACAGAUUCGUACGGACGGCCACUAUUCCCUUAUCCUUCGACCGAUGCUCUGUUUGCUAAAAAAUCCGAUUCCUAAUUGCUUUCCCAAGAAAUUCUGCCUUUGUUGUUUUCUCAAUUUUCUCAACGUCCGGUACGAUGUUUCCCAACUGAUUUUGUCGUCACUCAUCUACGUGAAAGGGUCGUUACAUAAUGCAACAACACUAACCAAUCAUAAGCGUCAUUUAUUUUUAUGUUAUGUGUUCAAGCUUGUGGAAUCUCAUCAAGGAUAGAUAAUCUAACGGGAUAGAUGCCCUGAUUAUGUAUGUUUUCAGUAUAUAUUUUUUGCCUUGACAGAUUGUCUGCUGGAAGAAAUAAAUCAAUUACAAUUUGAA